UAUUUAUAUGUUCAUGUACAAAACAAGAUUCUGACAUACAUAUAUACAAAUAAAAAAUUUAUGAAUAAUUUUAAAUCCAACUGAACAAAAGGAUAUUGAACAUUAAUCAGAAAAAUAAAUUGACAACUAUUUAAAUACUGAAAUACUGAAAUUGUUAUACAUUAAAGUACAAAAAUGUACAAGGGAUCUACAAAAUUAGUGUUCCAUUUGUGCCUAAUUUUUACUUGUAUACAUCAGAUAAAAACAUAUUCUCAAGUGUUAAGUAGUAGCAGCUACAACAAUGAAGGCCCCAAGAUCUACAAGGCGCUGAAUAUGGAUUUAGUAUUCCCAAAAACAUUUAAUUCAAGCGAGAAUGUCAUUUCUACAACAUCAGAGAGAGCUCCACUAAAUGCUACCCAACAAUCUUUAAAAGUAGAUGCUCAGCCUAAUAAAUUUGAUAUUUUUGUAACUCCUGCGAAUAAUAUUUCAACAAAUGAAGCAGAUUCUAAAAACUCAGAGGAACUAACAAAUAAUAGCAAUGCUGAGACUCUGGAGGAGAAUGCAUCCACAGGACGUGCUGUAGAUUAUAGACCUUCAUAUCAUCAACUAUUAUCACCAAUUAUAAAAAAUGCUCCUCGGCCUGUGCACAAUGAAAGAAACUACAUGCAUCGUCCAGCACAAUCAUCACUUGGCAAGAUUGUCUAUCCACAAGGCAAUCAGCCACAACCAUUUCAUCGUCAUAGGGUCAGUCAAGCAGAAAUCCAGAAAUUAGGUGGACAAUCCCAAUUUUCUGAUCGGUUUACACCAAGUGAAGCUGUAGCAUCUGCACAUUUUAGUAGUAAUAGUAAAAAUGUCAAACAUUCAAGCAACAGUCAAGGAAAUGGAGCUAAAACACCUUCAGCCACUAACAUAGUAUCAUCCUAUGUACCACCAAAAGAACUGUACUCUUUUCCACCAAAUAGUAAUGCAAAAUACCCAUCGCCAUCAGAAGAUCCGAAAGCAGCAAUACCUUCUGGUACAAUAAGCAGCUAUUUGCCACCGCCAUCUGGACCAUUAUGGAAUGCAGCUGGCUACCCACAUUCAGCAUCAAACGGCAAUAGCAACGGUUAUAAAUACAAUGCACCAGCGAGUAGCAAUGGCAAUGGUUAUAAAUACAAUGGACCAGUAAAUCCCGAAUAUUUGCCUCCCAUCGAUGGUAAUGACGGAAAAGAUCAAACAAAGAAUGAAAUGGGUGGCGAUGAUGAUGUUGGUGAUGAUAGUAUUGGAGUUUUACCUGCAAGCGCAAUGGAUGGUCCCAACAAUGAUGAUAGUAAAAAUGCUCCACCAGUACCUGUAGACAAUAAUAUGACCGACAACUCCGAAAAUGAUCACCAUCACGAUGAUCAUAGUCACGAUCAUGAUCAUAACCACGACUAUCAUUACGAUCAUGAUGCUGAUCACGACCACCCUCACGACCAUGUUCCUGAUCACGACCAUCAUCACGAUCAUGUUCCUGAUCACGACCAUCACCACGAUCACCCAAUUUCUGGUUACGAUACAGAUAAGGAAUAUCCAACACCACCUCCAGGUUGGUUAGAAGAGCAUCCGGAGUCGGCACAAAGCGCGCCAAGUUCUGAUAAUUCCGAUUCACCACCGCCAGAUGAUAGUCCCCCGGCACCGAAGGAUGAACAUGACCAUCAUUCUUUUGAUUUUCCCGAACACGAUUUUCCAUCAUUUCCUGCAUAUCAUCAUUAUCCAGAAAUUAUAUACGAUGAUCAUUUUCAUCAUCACCAUCAUAUUGAACCACCUCCACCACCGCCUGCAUUACCACAAGUAACAACGGAAGCACCUCCACCAGAGCCACCACCAGAACCUCGUGUGAAAAAAUAUUCAUAUUUCUAUAUUGGCAGGAAACUCUGGUACAUUCCAUUAUACUUCACAGUUUGGUUCUCCUUCUAUGUUUUAUGGCUCAUAUUAAAAUCCAUAGCUCGUCAUAAGGUAAAUUUACCGAACCACUAUGUGGCACGAAGAAGUAUUAAUGACUAUAACAGCGUCAAACCACAGGAAUAUAUAAAUCUUUUAGCCGUUUCUGUACUAGAUAAAAUUGAAGAGUUCAAACGAAAAUACAAGACAAUAUAA